UCACAACAUGCACAGCUAGACAGUCCUUGCCCAGCGUGUUUUUCGCAAGGUGAUCUUCACCGAUUAGCAGCUGCAGCAAGCUUGCUGUGCACAGGCAAGGAGCCUGCAGCUGGUCGGAUCCGUUCUUAAUACGUCCAAUUGGAUGUCUUAUGUGUUUUCUGGACAAAUCCGAAGGCGAACAUGCCUAGGCCGAUUCUUCAGUAAACAUCCUUUUGCUGCCAUUGUAGUUCUUGGCUUCGUGCUGCACCAUGCCGACGGUGGCGCCUUUGUUUCGAUUCGACGCUUUAUGACCUCGCGAAGUUUGCACGCAGAGGCUGAUGACGCUAGAAUCGCAGUGCCUACUCCUAGCAAGGUUGCAGAGAUCGAAAAGCCUGAUGUGUCUGAAUUCCAUCAGGUAUCGGAAGGCCCGUGGCAAAUGGCACAGGCUGCUUUACGCGAUUUGCUUGAUGCCAGUGAGGCACAGAAGCAACGUGUGGCCAAUGCAUCUGCCUCUGGAGACUUGGCUGCAGCCGGCGCUGUUCUCACUUUCGCCAUUGCAUCUGAAGUGCCCGCUUUGAAGAUGGCAACCCUAACAGAGGAUGUCGUUCGUACGCUGUCUAGUGUGCAACUUGCGGCGGUUGAGGAUGUGAUGACUGCAGCCUCCUCCGCAACCUUAAGCGAGGGUCUUCCAGCCAUCAUUAGUUCUCUACUUUUGGCGGCAGCAGUCGCUGUAAUUAAAGUACCGGGCGAGGCAGAAAGCUUCGAUGGUCCUCCGGACUGGCUGCAAGCUUUGAAUGCAACUGUCCAGGAAGUCUGGGAGAGCGGUACUGGCAGUUUGAACACAAGAGCGGCAACACUUUUGAAGGAGGUUGCCCGCUUGUGGGCUGCUGUUGACGAGCAGCUCAGUCCGAAGGUAGCAGUAACGCAUGAAUCAAGCACAGAAUCCAGUCAUGGCAUAGCACUGUGCUGUGGAAGCGCAAGGCGGCAGGGGAAAGACUGGAUUUUGCCCAUCGAGGUUCAGUUGUUUCGCCGGAACGAGGGUCGUCACGCAGUGUUGCUCGGCAUGGGUCGCCAGCUUUUCCGCUCACUGCAUGACAUGACUGAGAAUGAUUUUGACGAAGAUGCGAUGAAAAUCUAUGAGGAGCGAGCUCGGCUCAUAUUUCGAAGCUUUCAACUGCCACUGUCAAAUGAUCGUGCUUUGCAACGCUUGGAAGUUCGUCUUGGCGGGGGCGCUCAUGGUGAUGAUGAAGGUUGGAAGCAGCUGCCGCCCACGGAUGGAAAUGGUUUGAUCCAGGCAAACGUGAGGUUCACUGACGACAACAUCCAGUUGGCAGAUCGAUUCAUGGAGCAGGUUCCAGUGGAGGUUCGUCUUGCCGAAGCAGUGCAAUCUUCAGAAACUCAAAGGCUAGUAGCGCCUCCAGUCACGGCCGUCGCUGCUUUGGUUCGUCCGCACGGCAUCGGUGUUAUUUCUGACAUCGAUGAUACUGUGAAGGUAACGGAAGUCUUCCAUGGCAUUAAGGCCGUGUUGCAAAACACCUUCCUGAAGACCUUUGAUGAUGUGCCUGGUAUGGCAAAGCUCUACCAAGGCUUGGAAAAGCUUGAUGCAAGCUUCCACUACGUCUCCAAAAGUCCACCAGAACUACAUGCCCCUUUAGCGGAUUUUUUGCAUGAAAAGGGCUUCCCGGUCUCCUCUAUUCACCUGUGCCCACUGCUUGGUCGCAAUCGAGCCAAUUUCAAGCUGGGCCAGGUAGAAAGCUUGCUAUCUCAGUUUCCUGAUCGAAAGUUCAUCCUGGUCGGUGAUUCUGGAGAGAAAGACCCUGAGGUUUACGCCGAGAUCAUGAGACGUCACCCCAAGCAAGUGUUGAAGGUAUUGAUACGGUCUGUGGCACCAUCAGACGAAGAAAACGUUGCUAAAGCAAGGGCCGCAUUUCAAGGCAUCAAUGUGUCAAAAUGGCAGGUAUUUGCAGAUCCGAGAGAAGUCACCUUGGAGUCAGCAGGUACCUUCGCCUGGCCGAAAUGGAUGCCCUGGUCGAGCCUCAGCAACGAAGGAAUGAUGCAGGUUCCCGGCCAGCGGAACUGGGAUUCCAUGGCCAUCCCUUUGGCAGGGGUGGUGGUGGACUGACAGCCUUGGUUCAAUAGCUUUUCCAGCGACCAAAAUGUCACAGUACCCGAUUUUCAUGCAUAGCUUGCAGGCUGUGCCUUGGCACCAGUCAGCACCAGCUGUGCCUUCCACGCAAGAUUUCCAUGUGCCGUGUGAAUUGCCUUUGGGCUUUAUAGGCUGUACUCUCCUUCCAAGGAAAGAAUUGGCCGUUAUUCUGUUGUUGCCUG